GGUGGGAGGCGCUUCCUGCGGCCGCCCUUGCGCUGGGCCCGCCAUGGCGGUGAUGGGGGUGCAGGUGGUGGUGACCCUGCUGGCCGCCAGCCUCAUGCAGAAGAUGGCCCCUCACUGCUCCUUCGCCCGCUGGCUGCUCUGCAACGGCAGCCUGUACCGCUACAAACACCCCUCGGAUGAGGAGCUCUGCGCCCUGGCCGGGAAGCAGCGCCCCAAGGCCAAGAGGGACAGGAGGAUGAACGGGGUGCUGGAGGACAAGCCCCUCUCCGUGCCCCGGGACAUCGACCUGCGCCUGGACACCGCCCCCAUCACCGCCAUGGAUGCCCUGGUGCUGCGCUAUUUCCUGGAGUACCAGUGGUUCGUGGACUUCGCCGUGUACGCCACCGCCGUGUACGCCUUCACCGAGGGCUACUACUGCCUGGCCAGCCCCGCCAGGGAGACCAACCUGGGGGUCCUCUGGUGCCUGCUGACUGUCCUCUUCUCCCUGAAGGUGUUUUUCAUGCUGAUGCGCCAUUAUUUCCGCUCGGAGGAGGGCGGGGAGCGCUCCGUGUGCCUCACCUUCGCCUUCUUCUUCCUCCUCCUGGCCAUGGUGGCCCUGGUCAUCCGCGAGGAGCACCUGGAGUUCGGCCUCGAGGCCGGGCUGGCCGGAGUCAGCGCUAACCUGGAGCCCAUCCUGAAGCAGCGGGGCUGGGAGUGGACGCUGCCCCUGGCCAAGCUGGCCUUCAAGCUGGGGCUGGUGGCCCUUUGCUCCUUCCUGGGUGCCUGCCUGACCUUCCCGGGGCUGCGCCUGGCCCAGACCCACCUGGAUGCCCUCAGGAUGGCGGCUGACCAGCCCCUGGCACAGCUCCUGCUCCACCUGAUCUUCCUGGCGCCCGUCCUGGUGGUGGUGAUGUGGGUCAGGCCCAUCUCCCGGGAUUUCCUGCUCCACGCGCCCAUGGGCAAGGAGACGGUGCAGCUCAUGUCAGACUCUGCCUUCAACAGCGCCCGGCUCUGGGCCGUGGUGGGGCUGUGCCUGCUGCGCCUGCUCGGCGCCCGCCGCCACCUCCAGGCCUACCUGGGGCUGGCCGAGCGCUGGGUGGAGCAGAUGAGGAAGGAGGCCGGGCGCAUCCCGGCCCUGGAGAUCCAGCAGAAGAUCACCAGGAUCUACUGCUACGUGCCCGUGGUCACCCUGCAGUACCUGGGGCCCGUCAUCCUCACCCUGCACUGCACUCUGCUCCUCAAGACGCUGGGGCACCACUCCUGGGGGCUGUACCCGGAGCCCCCCCCGGUGUCCCCAGUGACCCCGCCGGGCCCCGCGGGCGAGGACAGCGAGGACGUGCAGGUGGUGGUGCAGCAGAUCACGGGAAUCCUGGACUGCAUCUUCACCCCCUCCUUGCUCCGGGGGCUCUUCUCCUUCCUCACCUGGUGGGUGGCCGCCUGCCAGGUCGUCACCAGCCUCUUUGGCCUCUACUUCCACCAGUACCUGGCGGGGUCCUGACUGGGGGAGCUGGGAUGUCCCUGGGGGCGCGGUCAGUGCCCGGCUGCUGCUCCUGCCCUGGCUGCUUCCCCCCCUCUGCACGUGCUGGUGGCACCCUUGGACACGUUUUGGGGGAGAUGUUCCUGCUGCCAGCUCAGGGCAGGACGGGUUUUGUGCCCGGGGCAAGGUGGGCAC